AUGGCUUCAGCUCAAAACCACCAAAAUGAUGAAGUUGAAGGUUUUUGGCUUUUCGACGGAUUAGAUGAAGAGCCGUAUGGAUUAUUACCACUCGUUAAUUUAAGCGGGAAAAGUGGAGCAUCAUCAACUAAAAAUGUUGAAAGAAUAGGCUCUUAUCAAUGGAGGCUCGAGGAGGAUGACCCCAUUCCUGGGAUGCCAUUAGAAUCUUUUUAUUGGCCCGGAGGUAAAUUACGCCAAGAUCACGGUGUAGUUAUUUACAACGUUAAUCAUAUGAAAGUCAAAGAUGGGCAAUUGGAUGCGGCUAUAUUAGCAGCAAAAUUAUGUUCUGCUAAUAAUAAAAAGAAAACUGAAAUUAAUUUUGAUGAUUACGAUAUAAUAACAGAUUUCUUGCAUAGCUUAAGAUUAUAUUAUAUUUCCAAAUACUUAUUACUCAUUAAAAUUUUCAAAAAAAUAUUUUCCCAAAAAUACUAUUUAGAUGCAAUUAACCUUCAAAAACUUUUUGCAUUUGGCCAAGAGGCUGGUGACGGACUAUUUCGAAUUGAUUGUGAACGUGUUGGCAAAACAGUUUUACUCAGUCGUAUGGAAGCUUCAGACUUGAUGGAAAUUGGUCAUUUAACCUAUGAUCAAUCAAUGAAAGCGAAAAUGACAAAAUUUCGUUCUAAACAUUGUUCUGGGCCAUUCUUUCAGUUAACUAGUUAUCAGUUUGGAACGCUUAAAAUUCUAGUUAGAUAUGAGGUUGAAUGUGCUGAUUUUGCUGGAGCUAAAGCGUGGGUUUCUAGUGAUGAUUUUAAUAUAAUUUUUGAUUUAUAUUUUAGUGAAAUAUUUGAAGAUACUGAUCAGCUACCUGAGAAAACAGAGUUUGCUGAUAAUAAAGCUAUUGGCUAUAUAAAUUUUGGAAAUGUGCCUGAUAAUUUACCAUUACAAUUAUUAACAACCUAUCCACACGGAGGUGGUUUUCCUUUCUUUACAUGGGCACAAAUGUUUUUUACUUGUGCCGACCAGGAAAUGAUUGGAUUUUGGAAAGGGAAUGGAGACUUCACAAAACCAGCUAUUUAUGGAUUAAAUGACAUUUCAAAAUUGAUGAAACCUCUACCUUACGCCGUUCUUAGCAAGGCAAGAUUUUUGUAUAAUCUCCCAAAAUUCGGACUUAUUUGGAAAGGAAAGCCUCAUUUAGAAAUAUUUUCAAAAUCAAGAAAGGCUGAUGGGGCUAUUUCAAAAUCUGUUCGUAAAUUUCUUUCAACCCAAUGUAAAAACAGAACAGAAGAAGAAGUACAAGAAAUUGCAAAGAAACAAAAAGGUUGAUGAGGAGAGAGGGAAAAUAAAUAAUGAAAUUUUACAAAUGGAAUUUUUGUUUUUUUCCUUCCGUUUAAAUUAGGGAAUUUAAAACAAUUCCUUUUGAUUUUUUGCU